AAAUAAAUAUUUUGUAAAUCCCAAACAAAUAUUUGCCUAUCGAGAGCGUUAUACAUUUUUUUCAAAAACGAAUAAUCUUACCUUGUCUAACAUUAUGUGAAAUUCUUUUUAAUAUACAAUAACAACAUCAAAACACAUUUGAUAUGGGAAUGAGUUCGGCGUCAACAGUCACAAAAAAUAAAUAAACACUUUGCCAUUAUCAGAAGAUCUGAGUUACUGGCUGUUCGUCGUUUAAUUCGGGAUUCAAACUGCAAGUCAAGAGGAAACCGUUAAUAUUCACGCGCAUUUUGUGUAUGAACAUGCGUAUUUAGCAAUGGACAUUUACACCGUAAUAAGUGAACCGUUUGGCAAUAAACGUAUUCUUUAAGAAACUAACAGCAUACAUCAAUGACAUGAAUGCAAUGGUUGGUGCGCCGUCAUUCUUCUUAAUGACUUUGUGUGAUUGUUUCUUUGCACUCAUUAAGCCUUGAUAUUUUAAACCAUUUGUUCGAAUAACGCGUACUUAAACUUGUAGUUUAACAGAGAGAGACUAUUUUAUGUCUAUAAACUUACCCGUAUGUGCUUCAGAUAAACAGAACAUUAUGUCUUUCCAAUAUAUCAUUUCCGAUUUUAAAGCGGAGAAGCUUGGUAUGAAUUUCCUUUCAUGUGCUAUUAUCGAAAAACAAUCGAACAUUACUAUAUAGAUAUAUUGUUCAGUUAGGUACCAUGUUGCAAUACAUUCUCAUCAUUUAUUUAUUUAUUACAAAAGAAUACAUUAACAUAAUGACGUUAAAAAAAGUUAAAUAAUAUAACGAUUUUUACAAACAAAAAUAUUUAGUGACGGUGAUAAUAAACGAGACGGAGGUGGACUGUAAUGGACAUUGUGCUUGCUGUGAAGGUGGAGAGGAUGAAUGUGAAUUAAGCGAAGGACAAGCUGAUUAUUGUUUAAAAGGCUGUGUUGACACAAUAUAUGGAUACAGAUGCAAAAACUCAUGUCCUGACAACUGUGCUACUUGUGAACGAAAUUCAGGCAGGCCGUGUAUCACUUGCAAGGAUUCAUAUUACGAUAUAAAUAGUGCUUGUAGCAUGAGUUGUCCUCUUGGGUGUGAUGGUCCUUGUAAUGAUGACGGAACUUGUAGCGCAUGUACACCGAACUUUGAAGGGGCUAGAUGCGAUGCAUGCAUACCAGGGAAAUACGGUGAAAAUUGUUCUAUGAACUGCAAUUAUCAAAACUGCCGUUGUACGGACUUGAACGGAUGUGAUUCAUGUAAAACAGGAUUUGCUGGUACCUUUUGCAUGAAAUGUGAAGCAGCAUAUUAUGGAGCAAACUGCAACAUAAGUUGCCCUACUGGAUGCAGGGGUGGAACCUGUAUGAGAAACGGAGCAUGUAUUGAAUGCAACACUGGAUAUUACGGCGAACAAUGCAACGCUAACUGUUCUAAGGGUUGCAGAGAUGCAGUUUGUCAUAGAAAUGGGACAUGUGCAUGUACGGAUAACUUUACAGGUACAAAAUGCAUUGAAUGUGUUGAAGACAAAUAUGGGGACAAUUGCCAACAUGAAUGCAGUGACGGUUGUUCUACAUUGUCCUGUGACAAAGAAGAUGGGUCAUGUGUUGGUGGAUGUAAAAAUGGAUUAUAUGGCAUGAAUUGUUCUCAGAAAUGUACCGAUAUUGAAAAUGGGUGUUUAAAAUGUAGUCAGCUGAAUGGAACGUGUUUGGUGUGUAAAACAGGAUUUUACCCGAGUGAAAAUGGAGCUUGCACUACUUGCAAUGGUAACUGUAAUAAUGAACUGUGUAAUGCUGAAACAGGCAAAUGUAUAAAAGGCUGUGCAGAAGGCUUCUGGGGUUACAAGUGUGACGUCAGAUGUAGUUCUUAUUGUGGAACAUGCCAGCAAGGUUCAGGAGUCUGUGAUUCAUGUAAAGACCCAACAGUUCAUGGACUUUAUUGUAACGAAUCAUGCAACUCAUCAUGCUACGAAAACAAGUGUGAUCAAGGUAAUGGUCAUUGUUCGAAUGGAUGUAAUGGUGAUUUUUUCGGCAAUAUGUGUCAGUUUAAUUGCCCUGUAAAUUGUCAGCAACGUGGAGUAGACACGAGAUGUACUGCUGAUGGUAUAUGCAAAUUUAGCUGCGUCGAUGGAUAUGAAGGCGAUGAUUGCUCAAAAGCUGUAAAAUCACAAGGAGCAGCUAUUGCUGGAGGAGUUACCGGUGGCGUUGUAGUCAUUAUUGGCGUUCUAGUUGCGUUAUUCUUCUUUCGACGAAGCAAAAACAAGCAAAACGGUAAUACAACGUUCAAGGCUUACACAGCUGAUGAAGAGAACAAAGAACCGAACGAACGAACAUACUAUAAUGAAGGACAGCUCAAGAGAGAAUCUACAAAUUCAAAUCCAGCAGGUACUAGAUCGCCAGCAAACAAACCCACUUCUAAAGAGCUACAAACAUCGGCGUAUAUAGUGACCGCAUCUGAACACGAGAUUGACUUAGAAAUAGAUGCCAAUCACGACGAAGAAAACACUACGGAUGUAUAUUGCAAUAACUCGGUCGCUUUGCAAAACUCUAAAAUUUCUGUUGACGUCCUUGUGCAAUUUAUUGAUUCAUUGACAGAAGAUGAUACCAGAGCUGUAUUUGAGAAAUUUCCGCAAGGACUCAUUAAGCCGUAUAUUCACUCCCAAAGAAGUGAAAACAUGCCAAGGAACAGAUACAAGGGAAUUUAUCCAUAUGAUGACAGCAGAGUUAAGUUUCAAGAUGGACAUUCCGACUACAUCAAUGCAAGCUUUAUUGAUGGUUACAAAAAGAGGAAAGAGUACAUCGCCACCUUAGGGCCAAUGUCACAGCAACUGGGAGACGAAUUCGAACCCUUCUGGCUGAUGGUGUGGCAACAGAAUGUCGAGAAGAUUGUCAUGGUCACGAACCUUAUUGAAAAUGCGUCGCCUAAAUGCGAACAGUAUUGGCCAAACGUUAGUACAAGCAAAAUGUAUGGAGAGUUCAAAAUCACGUGUCAUUCGGAGGACAUGUAUGCGGAGUUUACAAGGAGAGCCCUAACAGUUACAAGGUCCUCUGAAGAAAGAACCCUCUACCAUCUGCACUUCACAUGUUGGCCAGACAAAGGCAUUCCUGAUGACGUGACAGCACUUAUUGAGUUCAGACAAAGAGUACUAAAUACUCCUACUACAUAUAUAGGGCCUACUGUGGUCCACUGCAGUGCUGGUGUAGGACGGACGGGCACAUACAUUGCUCUUGACAUCCUGACGAAGGAAGGAGAAGCGGAACAAAUGGUUGAUAUCCCUGCAUGUGUGGCCAACAUGCGACAGAAUAGGCCAAACAUGAUACAGACUUGUGAGCAGUAUCAAUAUCUCCAGAAGGCCGUUGUGUAUUCCCUGACAUUCAAUUGUACACCGAUCAAGGCUGAACACUUUCAGCAAUACAUGAAGACAACAAAAAGAACUGACCUAAACAGGCAAUUUCAGCAACUUCAGCACACCGUUGAACAGCGAUCGAAACAGGAAGCUAACGCAGUCAAAAGAAACAAACAGCACUUGGCUAAAAACCGGGCUAAUGCAGACAUACCGGGUGAUGAUAACCUACCAAGACUCUACCUUGGGUUGGUAACUGGAUCGUCUGAUUACAUCAAUGCUGUGUACAUACAUAGUUUCAAAGAAAAACGCCGAUUUCUGGUGGUACAGACUCCAUUGCCAGAAACAGUUACUGACUUUCUGACCCUGGUUGUCCAAGAGAACUGUUCAUGUAUUGUCAGCUUUGAACCAGAUAUGGACAAACAACGGAAUGUUGGCAUAUACUACCCGGCGGAAAAUAUGCAGGUGUUACAGAAGGGGUCAUUUGAAAUCAGCUCCUCACGUGAAACAAGAAAACCAUAUUAUGCAAUAAAAAGCCUUACGAUACGACAUAAGAGAGCGACAGGGCGCCCUUCUGAGAAAACUCUGUCGCAUAUGCAGUUCACUGAAUGGGAUGAAAUGAAGAAUGUCCCUCGUUCUAUUGAGCACUUUCUCACCUUUCUGAAUGACGUAGAGGAAAAAGGAAACAAAGAUGGGCCGAUACUUCUUCAUUGUUUUGAUGGGGCAGGUAGAACAGGUCUGUUCUGUGUGGUGUCACUCCUGUUGCAGAAAAUGGCCAUAGAACACGAAGUUAGUGUUCUCAAUGCUGUAAGGAAAGUCAAGGCCAUGCGACGCCUGGCAGUUCCAAAUUUGGACCAAUUCAUCUUCUGCCAUGAGAGCGUCCUCGAAUUCUUGCGCGCUUUUGACAAGGAUGUGUAUGCUAACUUCGCUGGCUCCAACGAAUAGAGAUCAUGACUUAUAAAAUUAAGUACAUCGAUUACAAAAAACAGUUAACGAACGUAAAUUUUAUACAAACAAAAAACGUUAUGCAUUUGUUUUGUUUAAUGUUUCAUCUUCUUACUUAUAUGAAGCCGCUCAUGUGUUUGUAAAGUGCACGUUUUUGUAUAACGAAAUGCUAAUGCUUUUUAGCGGAUUUUAAGAUUAAGACAAGCUUUUACAACACUUUUACGCCGCUUAAACUGUGAUCAUUUGUGUUUAUACAUUCAGUGAUGUAUUUGACAUUUUGCUGUACAUAUACUAUAAUUUCAUGUUCAUAUGCUUAAGCAAUGUACAACUUUCUAUGCUGUGUGUAUUGUUUGAGUACCAAACAGAAGUACACUCAAAACAUAAUUAAGGGAAACCUAUUAAACUGUUGACAUAUUUUUAAGAAGAACUGUCUUCUUAUUUGAAAGAUUAUUAACAUAAGUGUCGAGAAAACUAUUAGUCUAUAAGAGUUUUCCUGAAGCAAUGUGUGAAAGUCAUUUUAAACUAACUCUGAAUGUUAUUAAAACAGUUGUUAAACUUA